AUGGAGUCGUCGUCGAGCUCGAGGGCGAGGUCAAUGCCGCCGGUUCCAAUGGAGGGACUGCAGGAAGCAGGGCCUUCUCCGUUUCUAACAAAGACGUUCCAGAUGGUCGAUGAUCCAAACACAAACCACAUUGUGUCUUGGAACAGAGGAGGCAUCAGUUUUGUCGUUUGGGAUCCACAUUUACUCUCUGCCACUAUUCUCCCACUUUACUUCAAGCACAACAACUUCUCCAGCUUUGUCAGACAGCUCAACACUUAUUUUUGGAUGACCUCAAAGAUGUGUUCGGCCUCCAAUUACUUCAAAAGGGGAUUCAGAAAGAUAGAGGCAGAGAGAUGGGAGUUUAUGAAUGAAGGGUUCUUGAUGGGUCAGAUAGACCUUCUCAAAAGCAUCAGGCGACGAACCACCACUUCUUCCCCUCCCUCGCUCCUCCACCAACACGACCCCUGCACCGAGCUCCUCCGACGAGACAGGGAUACUCUCAUGGUGGAGGUCUCGAGGCUCAGAGAGCAGGAGCAGAGAGCGAGAUGCUACAUCCAAGCCAUGGAGCAGAGGAUUAAUGGAGCCGAGAAGAAACAGAGACACAUGAUGUCCUUCUUGAGGCAAGCGGUGCAGAACCCAUCGCUUCUGCAGCAGCUGCUCGAGCAGAGGAAAGAGCCAUCGGAGGAGGCUGCUGCGAUCGAUCAGAUUCAGACUAGCCUUGUCAAACAGGAGGCGGUGGAACACGUGUCUGAGCUGGAGGCUCUGGCGCUUGAGAUGCAAGGACACGGACGGCAACGGACUGGUGACGUGGAGAGGGAGCUCGACGACGGGUUUUGGGAAGAGUUACUGGUGAGCGACCACAAUUCCGAGGAAGAAGAUGCUAACGUGAGCGUGGUUCCCCGCACAAGUUAUUAA